AUAUAAGCAUGUAUUUGUAUUUAUUGCAUCAGAAUCAGGUUUAUUAUCACCAGCAUUCUGACCUGAAAUUUGUUAACUUAGCAGCAGCAAUUCAAUGCAAUACAUAAUAUAGAAAAAAUAAUAAAAAUAAAUCAGUAAAUCUAUUACAGUGUAUGUACCUUGAAUAGAUUAAAAACAAACGUGCAAAAACAAAUACUGUGUAUUUUUUUUAAUGUGAGGUAGUAUCCAAGGGUUCAAUGUCCAUUUAGGAAUCACAGAGGGGAAGAAGCUGUUCCUGAAUUGCUGACUGUGUGCCUUCAGGCUUCUGUACCUCUUACCUGAUGGCAACAAUUGAGAAAAGGGAAUGCCCUGGGUGCUGGAGGUCUUUAAUAAUGGACACUGCUUUUCUGAGACUCCGCUCCCUGAAGUUGUCCUGGGUACUUUGUAGGCUAGUACCCAAGAUGGAGAUGACCAUAUUCACAAUCCUCUGCAGCUUCUUUUAGACCUGUGCAGUACACCCCACCCCCAUACCAGACAGUGACGCAGCCUGUCAGAAUACUCUCCACAGUACAUCUAUAGAAGUUUGUGUGUAUUUGUUGGCAUGCCAAAUCUCUUCAAACUCUUCACUCCAACCGCCAGACAAGCGGAAUCUCCCAGUUCAUUCCGAUAUGAAAAUCCAUGAUGGCCUCCUCUACUGUCGUGAUAAGGUCACACUUACAUUGGAGGAACAACCCCCUAUACGGUAUUCCGUUUGGGUAACCUCCAACCUGAUGGCAUGAACAUCGAUUUCUCAAACUUCCAGUAACACCCCUUCUCCAUUUCCCAGCCACUUUUUCUUCUCUCAAUUUAUUUUCUUGUCUGCCCAUCGCCUCUCUCUUGAGUUCCCCCGUCCCCUUUACCUUUCUUCCAUGGUUUUCCGACUCUUUCACCAACCAACCCUCCCCCUCCAGGUUUCACCUAUCACCUGGUGGUUCUUUCUCUCCUCCCCCUACCUUUUCAAUCUACUCCUCAGCCUUUUUUUCUCCAGACCUGCCGAAGAGUCUCGGCCCGAAACGUCGACUGGCGUACUGAGUUCGUCCAGCAUCUUGUGUGAGUUGCUCGGAUUUCGAGAAUCUGCAAACUUUCUCUUGUUUAUAAGUACUGUAGCAGUUGUCAGUGACCCACAUCCGGAACCUGUUAUCCGGACUACCACCCACACGGGGGCGCGCUGCCCCGUUCCGCGCUCUGGUCGACAUGGAAACGGAUUAAACAUAGCUGGACUCGGGACUAAAAGAGUCAAGGAUGAACAGUUCUGGUGGACUAAAAGCUUGUUACCUGGAUAUCUGUGCAGAAAUGAAACAGGAUGUCAACCCAUACAUCUUGAAUGUGUUACAGCAUGUAGACCACUCUAAAGUGGUCCUUUAUGAUGGAUUCACAUUGAUGCUCAGUGGAAAUUCACUGCGGUUCCCAGUACAGAGACUGACAGACAGUGAUGCUGCAGUUCUGGUUUGUCUCCUUCAUCGAAACUCCUUUAUCACAGGUCUUGAUUUAAGAUUCAACCAUUUAUCGAACUGUGGAGCGGAAUCAAUUGCAAAAUUGCUUCUGAAAACCAACAUGCUCAGUGACCUCAACCUAAUGUGCAAUGACAUUGGCAGCAAUGGAGCAGAAUGGAUUGCUAAAGCCUUGCAGGUGAACCAGUCACUGAAGCAUCUAAGGAUUAAUGGGAAUAAACUUGGCAAUAAGGGUGGAAUGCACUUUGCCACAAUGCUGCAGCUCAACAAAACACUGGAGUCUGUGGACCUCGGCGACUGUGAUUUGGGAAUUCAAAGUCUGAUUGGAUUAGCAACUGUACUAAACCAUAAUAAAUCUCUCAAAGCCAUCAAUGUUGGACGACCUUUGGUUUACACCCUACAGGAAGAAAUGACUGUGCAUAUGGCUAACAUGCUUCAAGUUAACCAAUCGCUACAGGAGCUGCACUUAGCAAAAAUGGGAAUAAAAGACUUUGGUGUUCAGCAACUUUGUGAACAACUAGUUAAAAACAAGACUCUCCGCUUUCUCGAUCUCCGCUGUAAUCAGAUUUCCUGUGAUGGAGCCAAGUUUUUGGCUGAGCUACUGAGACACAACACUCCGCUAAAGAUCCUGGAUUUGGCAGCGAAUCGAAUUGGUGAUGAUGGACUGGUUUACAUUAGUGAGGCCCUUCGUUACCUGAAUGACCAACUCAUAGCAUUGUCUGUGACCAGUAAUUGUAUCACUGGAAUUGGUUUGGUGACUUUCGCAAAUGUCUUGAAGUCCAACGCUACUCUGAAGAAUAUCUACAUCUGGGGCAAUGUCUUGGAUGAAUCAGCCUGCUCUGAGUUUGCAAAUCUUUUAAAAGUUGGACGUCUGAAGCCAAGGCAAACAGAUGUUAGUCCAUAUUGGAUUGAUGGGCAGGUCUACCUCGCAGAGGUGUCUCAUGGACUCCAGAUGUUCUACUACUGGGUACCUCAGUAUGGGGAACGGGAUGAAGCAGCCUGUCAUGCCUGUAAAGUUCUCCUGAUGGAUCCAGAAUCUUCCAUAAGCCAAAUCGACAUUGAAACUUCCAGUACAGAAAGGGGCCAAUCAUCUGUCAGUGUCUCAGCUGGUUCAUUGCAUCUGCUGACAAAUUGAGCUCUCUACUUUUUUGCCCCUGUUGUAUUGCAAAUACUUGUAUUUCAAAUAUUUAUCCAGUGCCCUGUUGGUUCCUAUUGAAUUGUCUUCCACUAAUCUUUCUGCACUUCCAGAUACCCACACAGUUAGAAUUCCAUUUUUAAUGAUUAUCCUAAAUCAGGACCUCUGCCAGUGAAAACUGUUUUGCACCAUUUAUCGCUAUUAGGACACUGGUGAUCAUGAACACCUCUGAAAACAACCCCAGCCUUUUCACUUUCUUCGUAAAGCUGGUUUCACAUCUGUGUCUUUAUUUACAAAGGAUGCCUGUUUAAACUUGUCUCCAUACCUUCAAUGAUUUGUGCACAAUCACCAUGAGAUUUUUAAUCUCCAUCCCACAAUUUUUUAACAGUUUACCUUUUAAAGAUAUGGAAUUGCUGGUUGCUUGAAGGAAUAAACUGGAGUGGAACAGAU